AUGCGUUUCUUCGGGUUUCUGUGUGGGAUAUCGCACAAUCUGAACCUUCAGGUGAAAGCUGAGCCAACAAGUCCAACCCUACAGAUGGAUACGGGGGGAUAUUUUAGCCCCGGAGGGAUGUCGGACACCAGCAGCAGCUAUGGACUGUCUGUAGGGGGACAGUCUCAAGGACUGGAUUCUCCCACUGCUUUACUUGGAUUUUCUGAUAAUGGGGAGAAGCUGUUUACUGAUAGCCCCCCAUCUCUGAGUGAUGACCCCACCAUGCAGUGUGUUUUGAGGUCUGUCCCCAAGCGACUGUGCCUGGUAUGUGGCGAUACGGCGUCGGGAUAUCAUUAUGGGGUUGCAUCUUGUGAGGCCUGCAAAGCAUUUUUUAAGCGCACAAUACAAGGUAACAUAGAAUAUAGCUGUCCUGUGGUGAAUGAUUGUGAAAUUACCAAGCGGCGGCGGAAGUCCUGUCAAGCAUGCCGAUUCCGCAAGUGCCUGAAAGUUGGAAUGAUGAAGGAAGGUGUGAGGUUGGAUCGAGUGCGAGGUGGUAGACAGAAGUAUAGACGUCCAGUGGAGGUUGAGUCGCCAGAUCCCUGCUCUUACCUCACGGCUCACCAUUUAUUUCAAGGAAAGAAGACAACAAACAAAGUAGUGACUCACUUGGUACUGGUGGAGCCCGGGGAGGCAUUUGCCAGCCCUGAUCUUGACCUUCAAGAUGGCAAUCUGCGCACCCUGACCACUCUCUGUGAGCUUAUCAACCGGGAGCUGCUCGUCACCAUUGGCUGGGCCAAACAUGUACCAGGUUUCUCACUGCUCUCCUUGGUGGACCAGAUGGCACUACUGCAGAGCGCCUGGAUGGAAGUCCUGGUCCUGGGCAUCGUCUAUCGCUCAUUACAGAUGAACGACGAGCUGGCAGUGGCAGACAACUUCUUGCUGGGCAGGGAACAGUGCCGCAUUUCGGGGCUUCUCAAUCUCCAUUCUGUUCUGCUUCAGCUGGUCAGGAAAUAUCGAAAGACCAGGCUGGACAAGGAGGAAUUUGUCACCCUGAAGGCCAUGGCUCUCGCUAACUCAGAUUCCAGCAGUAUUGAGAACGUGGAGUCUGUUCUAAACCUUCAAGACCGUCUUCACGAAGCCCUACAGGACUACGAGAGGGAACAUCAUGCUGAGGAUCCUCACCGAUCUGGCAAACUUCUUAUGACUUUGCCACUGCUCCGUCAGACAGCAAAUGAAGCUGUCCGCACCUUCUGCCAGAUCAGGCUGGAGGGGAGGAUCCCCAUGCACAAACUUUUCUUAGAAAUGCUGGAAGCCAAGAUGUGA